UACAAGUAAAGGUAAAAAGCAAAAAUACAGAAGUGUUAUCAGCAAAACGUACUUUAAAGAAUGUGUUCUGUAAGUUAUUCUAUUAUUGGAUUAUUAUUUACAGAUACAUUAUGGAGUAGGUAGUGUUUUAAUGUUGCAGCUGAUCAAGGUGGAGCUAAUCAUACCUACUAUUUUCUGCAUAGUUGAAUCUACAACACAUUUUCUGGUACAACCUGCAUUUCCCCGCACUCACACAAACAAGGUUUCAACAUUGUUACAUUUAAAGCAGCGAGAGCCUGACUUCUUCCGCAUUUCCCUGGACUCUGUAUCCUCUAGUGUGUCGAACUACACAAUGUUUUAUGAGAACCUGUAUAAUGGUGUUUCACAUUCUAAACAUUCAAUAUGUUUAUAUUGAAUGUUUAUAUUCAAUAUUCUCACACUCUUCAGGGAAAAUUGGGGGAGAACCACAAUAAAUAGAUAUCUCUGUGUGCUUGGCUCCUUAUCACAAUCUAUCAGUAUGGCAAAGAGAACCUCUGUUCAGAGGGCCAGAAUUCAUCUUAGAAGAGAUAAGCUUGUGUGAAGUGUGGAAGACGUAGAAUUCUCUGAACAUGAGGAUCACGUCUCGGGUCACGGGUCUGACAGUGAGUUUGGAAAAGAGGAUGAGACUGACCCUUAGCCAGCCCCGAGACCAGCACGUCUGGAGACAGCCCCAAGUCCAGACAGUCAUGAACCAGCCCGACAGCAGCCCGCAGGAGGAGAAAUGUGAGUGUUGAAAAAUGGUUUAAUUGAAUGGUCUUCUUGCCCAUGGAAUAAGCCAUUGACUGCCAACGUGAUAAGGAUGAAACCAGGGCUGAUGCAGAUGGCAGCUACUCAUGUGCAGGACAUAAAGGCUUCUUUUUAUCCCAGACACCAUGCAGAAAAUUUGGAGGGAAGGCGUGUUUUUUGGAGAAAAAUGGAAGGGAAAUGACCAAACCCAUUUGCAGGCUUAUUUGGGGGUUGUUAUCCUGGCUGGUGUUUUUAGAUCAAAUGGUGAAACUACAUAAUGCCUGUGGGAUGCAGAAACUGGAGGAGAACUACCCCAGGCAACAAUGUCUCUGGAAAACUUCCACAUCAUUUGUUUGUUCAAGACAAACAUGAUCUAUUCCCCCACGUCUUAAAGGUUCUGUAAAUGAGAUUCUGAACAUUAAUAUAGCAGCAAGCAACUAUUUGCUAUGUAAAGAUAUAGUGGCGCAAUGGCGCCCUGAGCAGAGAAUGAAGUCACCCUCCCUUUAUCUCCCUUUCAGUGUUGUAAUCUGAGCUUCUCUGUUCUUUGUUUUGGUAGCCGGUCCGGGUGCGCGUGCAUGUGAUUCCCUCCCUGUUGGCCCUCCCCGCGUUUAAAAAAAGACUACAAGUGACCUCCCACACAGCAUUGUAAUAUCGAGAUGGCAGAGUACAGUUCAGCAGAAGGCGACUUUCCAGAUUUUCCUCCACCGAAGAAGAAAACUCGUUCUUCGGCUAAAAAGGCCUCCGACAAAGAGAGAGGUAAGACCAGAAUCAACAUUGGUCUGGCGUUUCCGAGAUGGAGAGCCCUACGAGCUGCUGAAGGGCUCCAACUUGACUCGGAGCUGGCCUUUCUUCUUCUCGAUGCAAGGAGAGAUGGCCGAGAAACAGCCAAAGAGGAGAAGGUCAGAAGAACAAAAAAGGAAAAAGAAGUUUUAUGAUGAUGCAAGGUCGAAGACCCGUAUUAACAUCGGCGAGGCGUUCCAACGGUGGAGAGACCUCCGAGAGUUGAAAGGCAUGAAGACGGAUGCGGAGGUUGCUCUGUUUCUGCUUGACUGUUAUCUUCGGACCAAGGCAGAGAGUCGACCUGAACGGCCAACCCUUGAAAGGAGUUCUUCGACUGAAACCUGUGAAAGUGUGCAUUGUGAAUACCCAUUUAUGAUGAGUUCACCAAAUGAAGAUGAGUGGGAAACCUGUGCUGCUCCUUCUGUCCAGUCAUCUGGCAAUGGAAAGGAGUCAGCAAAAAAAGAUGCUGCUUGUCAACGACCAAAAAGUCAAGAUGAGUGGACGAUAACCAACCAGUCAGAAAAUAAAGAAAAUAGAGAUAUUCAAGACGACGAGGAUGAAGAAUUCAGCACCUCAUUAAGUGUCGGAGAUGGACGCUACCUGGUGGAUUUGGGAAGCUCGUCAGAGUUCAUCGUCGAUGAAGAGUGCAUCCUUCAGCUGUUCGAGUCAUGCCAGGAAUGCAACAGACAAUGUACAGUUAGAAAACAAAUCAACGGACUAAAGCUUGUGGUUUACCAGACGUGCUGUUUCUGUGGAAGCCGUUGUAAAUGGACUAACCUGCCCGAUGACGAUGAUGGUGAUUUUCAGAUAAAUGGAAAAGAUGCAGCACAUGGGCAGACCAACUCAAUGCAACGCAACGCAAUGUCACCAAGCAGUAAUACUAGUUGAGAUAAUGUCGUGUCUGAAAUGAUGCUCCAAGUGGACAGUGGUUGUACUGAGAUUACACUGAAUCAGGAAUAUGUUCCAGUUUGUUUUUGUUUAUUUCCCUGUGAUACAGUGGACUAGGCAGCUGAACUUAUUCUGCUGCCUCUGUGCAGUUUGGCUGUUUUUCUCUUCAAUAUCAUGAAGCUGUCAUCAA